AUGGCUUGGAAAGACUUUGAUGCUAACAAUUCUAACUUUUCUGAUGAGAUUCGAAAUGUGAGGCUUGGGUUAGCAUCUGAUGGGUUCAACCCAUUUAGGACAAUGAAUAUAGUCCAUAGCACUUGGCCAGUGAUUGUGUUUCCCUAUAACUUACCUCCUUCAUUAUGCAUGAAGCAGCCAUUUCUUUUUUUGUCACUGCUGAUUGAUGGUCCUAAAGGACCAGGUGACAAGAUUGAUGUUUAUAUGCAACCAUUGAUAGAAGAGUUGCUGGAAUUAUGGGAGAAAGGUGUAGAAACAUGGGAUGCAUCAAGCAAUGAAAUGUUUACAUUGCACGCUUCCUUAUUGUGGACUACUAAUGAUUUCCCGGCUUAUGCAAAUCUGUCCGGGUGGAGUACGAAGGGUCAGUAUGCUUGUCCAUGUUGCAACUCAGAAACUGACUCUUGUUGGUUAAGUAAUGGUAAGAAGCAUUCUUAUGGGGGUCAUCGUCGGUGGCUGCCUAAUGGCCAUAGGUUUCGAAAGGAUGGGAAGAAUUUUAAUGCUAAACUUGAAUUUAGAGCAAAACCUAACACAUUGUCUGGAGUUGAUUUGUUGAGACAAAUAGAGUCUGAAGGAGAUGCAAAAAGUAAGGACAGCUUGAAUUCUCGACGAGAUCUUGAAGAAAUGAAUAUUAAAAAUCAUUUGCACUUGAAGAUUGAUGAAUCUGGUAAACCAAAGGCACCUGAUGCAGAGUUUGAGAUGAAAAACAAUGGCAAAGACUUAUUCCUAAAUGUAAUUCAUGAGUAUAGAGCACCAGAUGGGCAUGCCUCUAACAUUUUGCAUCGUGUGCAUUUGCAAGAUAGAACCUUGGGAGGUUUAAAGAGCCAUGAUUGUCACAUUCUUAUUCAAGAGUUGAUCCCAUUAGCUAUAAGAAAAUCGUUGCCCAAAAAUGUGGUUGAAGUAUUGAUUGAUUUGGGCAGAUUUUUUAAACAAUUGUGCUCAAAAACAAACUGUGCAGCAGACUUAGAAAAAGCACAAGAGGGAAUUGUGUUAACAAUUUGUAAGCUGGAAAAGAUAUUUCCACCCUCGUUCUUUGAUAUAAUGGAGCAUUUACCUAUCCAUUUGGCGGAGGAAGCACUUAUUGGUGGUGCUGUUCAGUUUCGGUGGAUGUACCCUAUUGAAAGAAAAUAUAUUGCUGUCCUUAGAAGCCACAACCGUCAAGCUGAUGACCAUCAAAUUCAACGUAUCCAUUUUGACAACUUCCAUACAUGGCUUGGCGAUCAUGUCAAAAACUUGGAAAACAUAAGUGCUACAGCUGUGCCUUUAGAAAUCAGUGUUUUAGCAAAAGGACCUAGUGAUCAAGCAGUGAAGUUUAAUUCAUAUAAAGUGAACGGAUACAACUUUCGUGUUAAAAAGCUUGAUGAUAAAAAGGAAACACAGAAUAGUGGUGUAACUUUGAAGGCAGAUACCAUGAGUGUUGCUAGUCGGAAUGACAAGCAUCCUUCUGUUGAUCCUUUGGCUUACUAUGGGCAAUUGAUUGAUAUUGUCAAAAUCAAUUACUCAGAAGAAUUAAAAUUUGACUUGUUUAAGUGUGAUUGGAUUGAUACUGCAUCAGGGACAAAACAAGACUGUUUUGAGUACACUUUGGUCAACUUUAAGCAUUUGUUGUACAAACAUGAUCGAGUGGGUAAUGAACCUUUCAUUUUGGCAUCCCAAGCACAUCAAGUUUAUUAUGUUCCUGAUCCAUUGGAGAAAGAUUGGUUAAGUGUUAUCAUAUCCCCUGCAAUAGAGUUAUGUGAUGCUGAUAGUUACCCUGAAGCUGACCCCUAUAUGUUGCUGGAAGUUGAUGAGAAUUCAGCAGCUUUGGAUGAUACAGAAAUGAUCGAAUGA